ACGCAAUGAAGGGGGAGGAGGAGCAGGCGGUGGAAGAGGAGGUUAACAAGCCACAGUGUACGAGUAUCAAUACGUAGAAGGUGGGUUGGAAGAACGACGCACUUCCAUAAACAGUUAAUAUGAAGGCAAGAAAGUUGGCUGGUGGAAAGAUGCAGUUACAGUGAGAGGUAGAGAACGGAGGUAAUUUGUAAAGAAGAGAAGAGGGGGCGAAGUUAUGUGGAUCAGUGUUCUCAGGGUUGACGUGGGUGCGCCGGAGACGACUUCAGGGAACAUGGCAGCUCCUCAUAAUCCUCCUGUCACUCGCGCCCCUCCGCUUCGCCCAGGUCUGUUACUCUCUCACCGCCCUUCUGCCUUUGCCUCCUCUUCUGCUACCACGCCUGCUACCUCUACUGCUACUGCUACUACCACGCCGCUGUCUGCUGAGUGCUACCUCUCGCCCCAGCCAAGUGCUCCGCCGGCAGAAGAAAUCCAGCCUCGUCUGCCUGUCACUCCCCCGAGCCGAUUCAAGCGUUUUAAGAUCUUCAUAAGGUCUGCCAAUAAAGAGCGAAGAAAGCGAGAUGAGAGGGCGAGGGAUGUGGCAACAGCAAGACAGGUCCUCGCGGCCUACUCACGACCCGGACAAGUGGGCUCCACGCCUCCCACCAGACGCUCCUUCAGGCUAACUGGCGGGGCCCCGGACCCUGGCUGUGGGCACGCCAUGCUGCCGAUGUGGCUGGAGGAGUCCAACGGCGUCACCUUCCCUGUACAUUAUAAUUCAGUGGUGAGAGGGACGGAGCAGGACUCUUCCUUCGAGAGGCGCUGGGACUCCCUCAUAAACAAGAGCAAGGUCCACUCCUCUUGUCAAACGCAGAGGCCGCCAGGCUGGGACAACUUGACUCACCGAAAUGCAAGCGUGAAGAAAGACAAGCGUUCCAAUUUGUGCCCCUCUAUUGUGAUUCAGGAGCCCAGCAGAGCGUGGCCGGCCACCCCUAUAAGCCACAAGCUCCCUGCUCCUCCUGCUUCUGUGCGUUCCCGAGCUGCGGGUCAGCAGACGCAUCAUUCUGCAGCUCACGAGCAGAAUGCGUUCAACAUGAGAAGAUUCUCUGAGCAAAUGGACGAAAUGUUCACAGAUGACUUCCUUCAGAUUCCACUUGAGCCUGCCACCUCCACUUCCAGUCUUGAGUCAGAGUCCUCCACUUCAGAGGUGGCGCAGCUCUCAGCCUCCAUCACUGACAUGGCUCACCAAUCAUUCUUCACCUCAGAUCCACCACAACAACUCUCCUCUGUUUCAUAUGCUGCUCAAGAGACUGCUUCUUCGGACGUUGUUCACCAACUCUCCGUGACUCAGCAAUGUUACUCAGACUCAGGUGACGUUCAGCAACUCUCCACCUCAAGUGAGGCUCGGCUCUCCUCCAUCAGUGAAACUCGGCCUUCCACGUCCAACACGGCGCACCAGGCCUCCUUCCGCGGUGGCAGUGGUGCUCAAGCGUCAUCCUCCAACGCCGGUGACUGUCAUAUGUGGCUCUCGUCUGACAGUUUCUUCUGCGAGGACUUCUCCCCCAGUGAUGGCGACCGCCGGAACGAUGAGGAGGCCGAGUAUCCUCAGCUUGACUCCCUCCACAGUCCAUCCUGUCCCAGCGUGAUGCAGACUGUGAGCCCCAGCACGUGGGCAGACAGAGAGCCAGAAGAUGAGACAGAAGAAGAGGAAGAUGAAAUGCAGUUGUCUGCAUCGUCAUCUCCUAACAGAGUGACUGGGAACACCCAUUCCUUCGACUCCCUGCUGAAUAGUUCAGACACGGCCAUCAAUACGGAUGUCGCGACUCUUCGUGUGGCGGACGCGCCGCGGCGCCAACACUGGGUCCAGUUUGACAGUAUUCCAGUAGAACGGUGGACUUCUGUAACUCCUCCUCUGGUUAUUGCACCGAGCGCUCCACCAGCAGAGACAGAUUUCAGCCAUGUGGAGGCCCCACUCCAGCCUUCCCCACCACCCAGUGUGCCCAGCCUGACCUUUCGAGAGAGGGCAAGGUCCAGUCCUACCCAUGCAGGCAACUACAGUGGCAGGCUGAUCAGGACCUACUCACAGCGAGGAUGUCGAGCGAGUAAGCGUGUCAUCAACUCAGUCAGUCGGCGUAUGAGCGUUACGGAAUACGGCAGGCUUUCUGAGCCUCAGGCGCCCAUGUACUCCAGGGCGGCAAUGACCAUGCAGACUGGACCAGGUCUUUUCGAGGAAACUGCCUCACCUACAGAACCAGAGCAUCCCGGUGACGAGGAGAAGCGAUUCCAGCCUGAAGAGCUAAACAAUAAGCCCAUGUCUUCCCUAAAAGAGCCCGCUGCUCCCCGCCGGGUGGGCUCCAUGCGAGCAUCGCGCAUGUCAGGGGCACUCCUGCGGCGGUCUCUGUCACUUAACUCCCCGCGCAAGGAGUCCACCGAUGUGCCCUUUCAGAAACUGGCGGAACAGCGUCCUGGCUCAUUUCGCAGGGCUUUGGGGGCCUUGGCUCGAAGCUUCAGAAGGAAGUCUAACAAACCAGAUACAGCGACCAAUGAAAACGGUUCCACCACUCACGGAAAGCAGAUGCCCCAGGCCCCGAGGCUACCCCGCAGGGCUGCCAAACAAAGCUAUGCCUCCACCCAUGACUGGGAUCGCCCUGCGAGGUUCGUUUGAAUUCGUGUGUUGCUACUCGUUUUCGGAUCGCGGAGUGUUAACAGCGAGCCUUGAGACGAGGCCCAGUGGCUGGUGCGGGAAACGAGCCUCUUGGCAGCUGACCCUUUCUUCUGUGCUUCAUAUUAUAUGAACUGUUCCCUGUCUUUCUCAAAUUGUGGUGUGCAUGAUUUCUGGCCAUUCUGACUUGAAGGAGGUGCAUGGAUAGUGCAAGGCCGCUAAUUCUUUCUUGGCUACAGACGCAGAAAGCUGCGAUCACUGGAGACCUUGAUGUGUCGCUGACUUGUUAUCAUGACGAUCAAAUAUGAUAUGUAUCCUGAACAAAUAAAAUUUUCCACUUACGCUUUC